AUGCCGGGGUUUGCUGAUUCCUUCUGGUCGAGCGAUUAUGCUGCGGGACUAGGUGUCCUGUUCACCAAGCUCCAGCAAGGUGUUCAUGAGAACAGACAGGUCCUGACAAUUGCACGUCUACGCGCCGAGGCUGAGGAGACAUAUGGCCAGCGCCUUAGCGAUAUCGCUCCCGCUGCCGACAAAAUCACUGGUGGCUUCAGUCGUGAUGAUGGUGCUACCGUCCGCAAGGCCUUCGAUGGCAUGCGAACUGAAAUGCAAGAUGCUGCUCGCAACCACCGCCGUAUCGCUCAAAGCAUUCGCGACCUCGUGGUAAAUCCCUUCUCCCGAUGGUGCGACUCACACGAAGCUCGCAUUCAAGACUCUCAAGAUGAGCUACAGGUCCGCAUCAAGGCCCACGACCGUCAAGCCGAGGCAGUUAAGAAGCUUCGAUCCGUCUACUUUAACAAGUGCCGACUAGUAGAGGAUCUCGAAGAAGAGAACAAGCUCGCUUUCCAGGACCCCGAAAACAGUCCUAAGGCGAACAAUCCGGCUAUUCCUGAAAUCAAAGUUCAACCCCAUAAGGAGGAAGAGCCUGAGGAGGAAGAACUUUAUGAGAUCGGUGACGACACUUACCAACCUGAGCAAGUCAAGAAGAUCCUUUCCCAAAUGCUCUCCAGCAUCAAGAUGGGUGAGACUAAGGUGCCCAUUCUGGGAACCUAUCUCAACACUUCUUCCGGGUCCGAUAUUGUUGAGUAUCUGCAGCGCAGCAUGGGUAAUAUUAGCGUCGCUUACGCUGAGCGAAUUGGUCAAGAUCUUGUCAACAACGGUUUCCUUCGUCUUGUCGGUAACGUGGGAAGCACAUUUGCCAACAGCUCUAAGAUGUUCUACCAAUGGAAGCCCAAGGCUUUUGCUAUGGCCGGUGUUCCUGAGAAGAAGUCUAUCAACCGCACAUUUUCACUGGCUUCAACUGGUUCUGAGGGUGGUGCUGAUUCACCUGUCGGAACAGUCAGCGAGUAUCUCGCUAACUGGAAUGUUCUCAACAAUGCUCACCCCAAUGAGACCCCUAGCCAGCGCAUGCAACGAGAAGCCCGCGAAGCCGAUGAGAAGUACCGCGAAGGCGUUCGUAAGCUUGACGAGCUGCGAUGUGAACUUGAGGAGGCUAUUCAUCUCCAUCUCAAGUUCCUUGAGCGCUGCGAGCUCGACCGUCUCAAGGCCGUCAAGACUGUCAUUCUCGACUUCUCAGGCACUAUUGGAAACGUCAUUCCUAGUCUCCAGUCUACUGUGGACCAGAUGAUGCUCUUCCAAGAGACCAUCCAGCCCCAGAAUGAUCUGCGGUACCUGCUCGAGACCUACCGCACAGGAAGCUUCGUGCCAAAGGUUGUGGUGUACGAGAAUUACUAUAACAAGGUUGAUGAGCAGACUUUCGGCAUUGACCUUGAAGCCCGAGCUAGGGCUGACAAGAAGCGAGUGCCUAUGAUUGUUACGACUAUCUUGACCUACCUGGAUCACCAUUACCCUGAUCUUGAAGGCGAUGAAGCCAGACGAGGUGUGUGGCUGUUGGAGGUCCCUCUAACGCAGACACAUCGUCUACGCGCCAAGGUCAACGAUGGCAAGCCUGUUUCUCCCGACGUAUUUGACGAAUUUGAUAUCCCCACAGUUGCUAGUUUGCUCAAGGUUUAUCUUCUGGAGCUGCCCGAUUCUCUGGUAUCCUCUCAUGUCUACGAGAUUAUCCGGACAAUUUACUCUACUCCUUCAACCGACACCGAUGAGCCUUCGCGCAUUGCUGCCCUGCAAUCUACUCUAUCACAGCUCCGCCUUACUAACAUUGCGACACUUGAUGCUUGCAUGAACCAUUUCACUCGCCUGAUAGACUUAACCUCUGCCGACGAAGGCUAUGUUGCAUCUCUCGCUGGUGCUUUAGCACCUUGUAUCCUACGACCGCGAACUGAGACGUCUCUCACCAUGGAAGAGAAGCAUGCGUACCGACUGGUCAGGGACCUGUUUGCCCAUAAGGACGCCAUUUUCACUGCCCUGAAGCGCAUGUCUAUGGUUACCCACUCCACUUCUGUUGGCAGCAACAACCGACCUCGAGCCAUUAGCACUGACGAGAGCAACCGUAAGGCCCUUAUGGAAGAGCGGAAUAGGGCUCUGCUUGAAAAGGCCAACGCAAGCCGUGGCCGUGAUAAGAGCCCUGCCCCCGGCCCUCGUGGUCACCGCCGAGACCGUAGCACUGGCGGACCAGAAACCAGGUUCCCUAUUGCGAGCCCAACGGCGGCUUCAGCCGUCGACAGACAUCGCACCAGUUUGGGUGGAGUAAUUAAGCGUCAAAGUCUCGAAGUUCCUGAGCCCGAGCCUGUACCUGCUACUGCGCCUGUCAAUGGCGACGCUGAGAAGGAGAAGACAGAUACCGACUCGGAGAAGCGAGACAGCCGCGAUAGCACAGGACGAACACCAACCAAGUUUGUUGGUGGCAAGCGAGUUUCCACAUUGCCAUCCACUCCUCCCUCAGACCCCAGCCGCGGCGUGCAGCUCGAAGAUGCUCCGAUGGAAGAUUAG